AUGUUUCUGCGGCGACAUGUCCUAGCGAACCUGACCGCGGUACUGAGACCAAAGCCCUUUUCUGUGACGCUGCGACCCUUGGAUCCAUUGUUGUCCCGCUUCGCGCAUUCAGAUCAUGGCAUACCGACCCCGCCAGCACUGAAGGUGCUCCGCACCCUCGAGGACAACAAUAAGGCACGCAUGUGGUUGGACCGCUUCAAAGCGAGCCCGGUAUUGCCAAGGGAGUUAGUUGAGCUAACGUUCUCGAGGAGCUCGGGUCCUGGUGGGCAAAACGUGAACAAAGUCAAUACGAAAGCGACCCUUCGAUGCCCCGUUGACGCUGGAUGGAUACCACCUUGGGCAAGAGGUUAUAUUGUACGAUCGCCCCAUUAUGCAGCGUCCUCCCGCAGCAUCCUCAUCACAUCCACGGUACAUCGCUCGCAAGCACAAAACAUAGACGAAUGCCUGUCCAAGGCAUGCAUCUCCUUGUCCCUACGCACGCUGAUCGUUCAAGCCGCAUCGGCUUCUAUCGUCAACGAGGCCUCCCCAGAACAGAAGGAGCGGGUCCGGAAACUGGAGGUCGCCGAUCAGACUCGACGCCGGAUCGCCAAAGCAAAGCAAAGCUGCAAGAAGCAGAGCCGCAGCAAGAGGGACUGGUCCGACUGACACACGCUCCCUUGUACGGGACGCUGCAAUGCAUGUCGACGCUCUGCCCGAUCGAAAGUUGUGGUUCCGUGGUCUCGACGCGCCAGCCCGAGCACGUCGUCAUCCUCCCGCGCCCGAUGCGAGGGCGCGCCGCUUCAAGUGGUUCAGUGUUUCGCCUGGGGGAAAGGGACUUCACGAUCACGGACAUGCUCGAUCGACGAAGAGCUUGACCUGCAACGGUGGAGUAGAGGAUUGGUUAAGCCUCGCACGAGAUGUUAAUGUUCGGAUCGAAGCACAGUUCCUCGUCAAUUGGCCACAUGGAGGUGUAUGCAUGAAGAUGAACUGAUCAUGUUCAACGCCUUUUCGUUCCGGUCAACGAGACAAAAAUGUGUAACUACAAUGUGGUGGUGUCAUCCAUACAAAGAAAUUAUAAGACUCUACAAGUAC